AUGGCAAAGGACACUGUUAAAGAGCUCAGCACACGGCUGUAUGUUGGAGGACUUUUCUGUGAAGUGACAGACGCAGAUCUGAUCGGACGGUUUGAGAUGUUUGGACAGGUCUCAUCUGUGGACAUUGUUAGGAGGACAGAUGACAAAGGCAAGCCAGAGAGGACAUUUGCCUACGUCAAUCUGACCACAACUGAUCAAAAGCUGAAGAAAUGCAUGGCUGUCUACAAUAAAUCAAAGUGGAAGGGACAUGACAUGCAGAUACAAGUAGCAAAGGAGAGUUUCCUAGCAAGACUUGCAAAGGAAAGAGAGGCUACGAAGAUGGAGUUGAGCACCAAGAAACUCUCACCAGAGAGACCUGAGCCAUCUCCUGCAAGGCAGUGGACUGUCCAAGGAGCAGUGCCAGGGACAGAAGUAGAAGGAGAAAGGAACUGGGUAGUCGGCAAAUAUGGCCGGAUCCUGCCUGUGGUCUACAUACGAAGGAAGGACAAAAAGAAAGUGAUGAAGGUCAACCCUUCCAAGUACAGCCACAACCUUAAGAAGGUGAAGGAAGAGCAUUUCAUUGAUCCCCCCAUCAGUCAGCUUACCUGGGACAUACAGGUGCAGGGGACUGAGGAGAGCAGGAAGAAACGGCAGGGAGAUUUUUCAGAUUUCAUGAUAGGGAGGUGGAAAAGGCCGGCUGCAACCCUACAAGCAAAGAACAAAAAGAUGAAGGUGGAGUUAGGGAACAAGUCAGAAGAGAAUUUGUCUAAUAGUGACCACAGUAAUCCAGACACAAGCAGUCAUAUUGGCCAGUCAGGCGAUGAGAAAGAUGACAAGGGUUACUUUGCACAACAUGAGGACAAAACUUCAGCAGUUGGAAACGCUCAAAGUAGACUUGACGACUCUGACAAUGACUCAGACUCUAAGGAAUUAUCCAACACAACUGCCAUUGAUAAGGAUCAUGAUGAUGAUGACAGUGACUUUGAAGUUGUGAGCCUUGAACAACAUGACCAGCGCAUGACAGGAGUACUUGAUGGAAACAUGCUUCUUGGGUUCAAGACCUUAGUGCACAACAAACAGGAUGGAGUGAAGGGAGCAGAUGACUCUGACAGAUCUGUAGACACUGAUGAACUCCUAACAGCAACCAAGCAUCAUGUUGUUCAACAUACGAGCAUGGAGAAAACUUUCAACUCAGGAACAGCCUCAGACCCUGCAGAAAUGGCUCUCUCCUCAAGGAAGAAAUUGCAACGAACUAUCAAUACUCAAGACGUAAGUAGAAAUAGUUCCUCCAAACAGGACAGUACUGAUGAUGAGUCAGAAGAUUCAGACGAUGCUGAGAUGAUAGCAGCUGCUAGGUUAAAGUUACAGGCGAUCAUGUCAUCACCUCGCACAAUAACAAAUGGAAAACAAGUAGACAAAGAUGGGGGUCAGAAUGAGUCUGCAAGAACUGAAAAUAAGGCUACAGAACAACUACUGGAUGAAACUAGGAAGGAUAGCUCUAAUGGUGUGGGGAUGGCCAGGUUGAGUCAGGAACAGGUGGACAGUGACACUAGUUAUAAUUUCUCUCAACAACAAAGUGAUGAUGGUAGCAGUUCUGAAGACACUCUCAACAUUCCAGUAAAAACUUCUGGAAAGGCAGAACAUGGUCAGAAAACUGAUAAGAGAAAAGAUGAUGGUAAUGACAUUGAUGAUGAUGAGGAGGAGGAAGAUGUUGGUGAUAGUAACAACACAGAUGAUGAUGAGGAGGAGGAGGACUUUGAUGAUGGUGCUGAUAGUGAUGACAUUGAUGAUGUGGAGGAGGAUGUUGAUGGUAAUGACAUUGAUGAUGAGGAGGAUAUUGAUGAUAUUGAUGAUGGUGAGGAAGAGGAUGUUGAUGACAUUGAUGAUGAUGACCAUGUUGUUGAUGGUGCCGAUGAUGUCACUGAUGAUGGUAAUGACAUUGAUGAUGAUGAGGAGGAGGAAGAUGUUGGUGAUAGUAACAACACAGAUGAUGAUGAGGAGGAGGAGGACUUUGAUGAUGGUGUUGAUGGUAAUGACAUUGAUGAUGACAAUGAGGAUGUUGAUGGUAAUGACAUUGAUGAUGAUGAUGAUAUUGAUAAUAUUGAUGAUGGUGAGGAAGAGGAUGUUGAUGACAUUGAUGAUGAUGACCAUGUUGUUGAUGGUGCCGAUGAUGUUACUGGUGAUGAAGGUGAUGAUGAUGAUGAUGAAGAUGAUGAUGAUCACAAUGAUGAGUUGGAAGAUGAUGAAAGCCCUGACUCAGACAGUACUGGGGAAAGUCUGUCAGAACCUGACAGUGUUGAAGAAAAUGAAACUGGCAAUGAAAGCAGUUCUGAAGACAGUUCAGGUCCAGAAAUAGAAGACAAAAUUGUCUCACCUGUGAAACCCAGCAAAUCUCCAAAUGGGACCGCUUCAACUGAAGACCUAAACCUGUUAGAAGAGAGUGCAAAUAAUGGGGUUGUAUCUGGUGAUAUGUCAAGCACCUCUACAAUGGACAUAAGAAAAGGACCUGCGGACGGACAGAAGUUGAAGUCUAGUGCAGUUGCCAAUGAACAACGUCUAGAGUCCCUCCGACAGAGACAACUGCAAGGACAGUCCAAACAGGCUCUUAUCAGUAAGGCCUUGUCAACAAUGGUGUCCAGUACAGCUGGUAAGCACACAGUGUUUGACUCUGAGGAUGAAGACAGUAAGGAUGGUACAGAGGUGAGGGAGGAGGACUGGUCCAGCACAACUCAGCCUGAUAAGGCAGAGGAGAAGACAUCCCAGAUGGGUCUGUUUGAGUCUGACAGUGAAGAAGACAGUGACAGCGGGAGUGAAGACAGUGAUGAUCAAAGGUUCCAGAUCAAGCCCCAGUUUGAAGGAAAAACUGGAGAGAAGCUGCUAGAGCUGCAGGCACAGAUCGGCCAGGACGACCGUUUUCGUAUGGACCACAGGUUCCUGGAGGAGGACAGUGAUGAGGAGGAACAGGACAUGAAGAAGACGCCUACCCCUACUGAGGAGACAGAUGGAGACCUGGAGGCUGAGAGACAGAAAUCCUUAGAAAUUCUAAGAAGGGUGGUCGGCACCAAGGCUGCCAUGGCAACAGAGAAGGGCAAGAACAUUGACAAGCUCAAGUUCAAGGACCCUUCUGCAGUGCGCUAUGACCCUACAAGGGAGGACCACAAACAGUUUGAGAUACCUGACAAUGAAAGCCAAAAGGAUGUGGAAGAAAGUGGUGCAGGUAUCCAUGAGGAAGCCCCACCAGAGGAGACAGUCCCAAACAUCACAAAGGACAAGUACUUCCAGGUGGCCACAGAUCUGAAGGAAGCGUUCAGUGGCACCGGUGGACAGACCUUCUCAUUUUUUGGGCCAAGUUCUGCAGAGACCACAGAAGACAUUGAAGCUGACAUGGCCUCGGAAUCUACCCAGACUGCACCUAAGAAAUCACCAUGGCAACCAAAAGUGUUCCAAUACGACAGUAGUGAUGAUGAUGAUGAUGAUGAGAUGACUCAGGACGACCUGAAGAAAAUCCCUGAAAAAGUGGAAGAACCAAAGAAAAGAAAUUCCUUUUUCUUUGCUGAGAAUGAUUCAAGGCUGAAAGAAGGUAUCCUGCAGUUUUACAGGACAGACAAGCUGGAGGACAUCAGGCAGGCAUGGGAGGAGGUCCGACCUGAGCUGUUAGAGGAGUCCAAGAAGAGACACAAGAAUGCUGUGCGGCAGAGGAAGAAGAAUCAGAAGAACAAACCAAGACAUAGAUACAAGUAAACAUAGCCUGGUUAGAAACAAAAGAUAUAUUAUUAUUGUCCAUACAUCAAAUGUUCCUGUCACUUGUCAGAUACCCUGUAUA